AUGGAUUUCCCUUCGGCUCGUCAGGCUGUUUUGAACGUAUUGCGGGGUGCGCGUGCGGGGGAUCUGCCCCGCCUUCUUCACUGGAUGAGAACAACCAAUGACUUUGAUGAAUUCACAUCCAAUAACGAUGAUAUUAUUCUCAGAAGUAUUGCUGAAGAUCUUAGAGAUUGUUUGCCGAAAGAGGCCAUGCUCAGCUCCGAGCACCUUGCUCUCCAAAAACUGCAACAGCAAACAAAACCCACAGUUCAUAUUGAUGCAUUCCUUUAUGAUGACUACUAUGUUGACUCACUGUGUGAAGAAGGGAAGAUGAGCAGAUAUUACUGUCUGUUGUGUGGCUCUCAUCGGACAGCACCAUUAGAGUUCAUUUCUCAUUCCUUUUCAAUCUCGGAACUGAAGUUUCUCUUUCGGCAUGUACUGCCUGAUCUGACAGGAAAGGUGGUGGUUGACAUUGGUUCCAGACUUGGUGCAGUCCUGUUUGGGGGCUACUUUUAUAGCUCAGCGUCUCAGAUCUAUGGUGUUGAAAUGAAUGCAGACUUUUGCCAGUUGCAGGAAGUUAUCAUUUCAAAAUACCAACUUCAUGGAAGAAUAAAGGUACUUCAUGCAGACAUUUGUACUCAGGCGUCACUUCUUCAGAAUGCUGACAUUGUUGUGAUGAAUAAUGUUUUUGAAUAUUUCCUUGACAGCUCAGAACAGGCCAGAUCCUGGAAAUUUAUCAGGCAAAAUGUAAGAAAGAAAGGUUCCUUAUUAGUGACGUUGCCAAGCCUUGAGAAAUCUCUUUCGGAGCUUCAGGUGGACAUUCAGCUCAGCCAAUGGGUGGAAGCUCUGCCGUUGGACUACGAUGUGUUUUUUGAAGAGGUUGCUGAUAGAGAAGCACUUGAACAAAUUCACUUGUACAGAAUUCUCUAAUACAAAUGUGUACUGAUAUUGAAAUUGCAUUGAAUUGCAGUUCUACAGUUCUUUUUUCAAGAAUUCUUAUUUUUAUUCCUGUUUUUUUAUAAUGCAAACACAUACCUGUAAACAAUGAGCAAUAAGAAUAACCCAAACAGAGAGGCAUACAGUAGCUCAAAUAAAGUUCUUCUUUUGAUAUAUCCAUUUUUGUCAAUUGAGUGAGUCCUUCCAUAAAGAGCCAUGAGUUGUCGGUGGGGUUGGAGUGGAGUGUGAGGAGGGCAUAAAUGAUAUAAAGCUGAACCUUAUUGUCUCAAAGUCACUUUCUUGUCCUCUGCCAAUUUUUUGCCUGCCACUAAGGGAUCCCAAUCCCUCCUUUUUUGGUUCAUACAAUACAAUUUUUGAUAACCUGGAUAUUUUGCCAUUGUGUAUAAAUUAAUUAGUAGGAUUUUGUUUUGUUUUUUGCCAGUUUUGAAUCUUGUUGUAAGUUAGAGGUAUGGUAGUACUGGGAAUAAGUAUGUCAAUGGAGGUAAUACAUUCAUUUUGAUUGUUGCAAUCUUGCUUAACCAUGCUAUAUUUAAUUUUGACCAGUUCAUAAGCUCCUUGUAUAUCUUCCAUGCUAAAGGAUUAUAGUUAAAUUUUUCUAUUGGUUUUUAAUUCUUUGGUAUAAAAACUUCAAUGUGUUUUAUAUUGUGUUGAUAUGCCUGUUUGUUCUGUGCUUUCUGUGUUUAUAUUGAAGCACGGAAUUGCUGAUUUUUGAGCAUUGAUUUGAAGACCUGCUCAAAUGCUGUUAUUAUUCAUUCCUUAUAUGACUGAUUUCUUUCUGGGUUUGUGAACAAUAGUAAGAUGUCAUCUGCAAACAUGCCUAUUUUAUAUUGUGUGUUGUUAAUGAAAAUACCUGAUAUAGUUUGA